AUGGAUCAUAGAUUUGUUUCUUCAACAGAUUUGGAAGAAGCUAAACGUAAAAGGGCAGAAGAAUGGAAAGCUGCUUAUGAACGACUUGGGCAAAAACCACCCGAAAAAGAAAAAGAAGAAUAUGAUCCUCGCACGUUAUAUGAAAGAUUACAGGAACAAAAAAUGAAAAAAGAAGAAGCAUUUCAAGAGAUGACGCGGUUUAGUAACUUGGUACAUAGACUUGAUGAAGAUGAAAUUGAAUUUUUAGCAAUGUUAGACAAUGAAGAAAAAAUUAAAGAAUUGGACAAAUCAAAAAAAGUAGAAAAGGAACUUGAAGAAUUUAGACGUAAUAAAUUAAAUUCAAAACAUGAUGUACAACAAAAGAUUCUUGCUAAUGCAAUUAAAAAAUCUAAUAAAGAUGAUCAUGACAAUCAUGAUAAAAGUGAUAAAAACCAUAAGAUUAAAGACCAUACCAAAGAUUCAAAAGAACAAUCAAGAGAUUGA